GCUCCAUUUUAUUAAGUUAGAACCUGGAAAAACUUAAACAAUUAGAAUUUUUAUGUCUUCGACAAUUCUUAAUUGUAAUUAGCUAUAAUAAUCGCGACUUAAGUAAGAGUGAGUCCAAUCGAAUUUCCAUUGAUUGAAGAAAAUUGACUUAUCAGGUAUUUGUCUGCAUUAUUUUGUUAACAUGAUUAAGAGUUAUUAAUUUUUUCUGUUGUUUCCGAGAAAAAUAUACAGAAAAAGAGAUAUCGAUCCAGAACUAUGAAUUAUGAUGGAGUGAUGAUCUCGCGAUUGAGUUUUGAUUAAUUUGAAUUUUGAUUUUCUAACCUUUUUGUGCAUUUCGCUAUUUUCAAUUCUUCGAAGAAGAAAUUUCGUGAAAAUCUCGUAUGCAUGCCUUAAGCAAAUGCUGCAAUCAAUUUGCUAUUUUCGAUCAUUCAUAUCCCCCGAAAUAUUCGGCUUUAUUUCGAAUGUGCCGAAUAAGCAUGGCGAUAUGUUCGAGAUAUUUCGAGAAUCGCAAUGUCGUCCCUCGAUAAAUUUCUGACGUCGUUCGCCAGUCGCAUCGAAACGCGUCGCGAUGAAUUGCGGGAUCAUGUUCGAUUCGCCACGUACCUCUCAUAAAUGUUCGAUCUAAACGUAAAUUUCCUGCGAAAUUCCUGAGAAAUUCCCGCGAGUGUAAAACAUGAGAUGCAAUCACCGUCGCACGAUUUCGGCAUCGACGAUCCGUUUCUGUGCACUGGAAAUCGAUCAAAACCUCCCGUUCCUCUUCGCUUUGCGCUUCGCGCAACGAGGUACAUCGAGAGGAUCGAAUCUGAGAGUGAAGGAGGCAAGUCGCAAACUACGUGGAAGACGAGCGAUCGAACGCGAAAAGGGAAGAGACAUAUAUGAGGAAUUCAAAUAUCGUUUCGAUCGAUCGGCCAAGCUGGCAGGGCGUUUUGUAGCUUCCCCUUCAAAUUCUCUCGAGCGAUUGAUACAAACACACAUACGUACAUGCAACAUACAUACAUACAUAAUACAUACACCAAGUAAGCUCCAUUUGGGAAAAUUCACAAAAUUCGUAAUGUAUAAGUGGCAAGCAGCGGUAAACGAUAACGUAAACGAUUGUUUCUGCAACUCGAUGAACUGAUUGUCAAACGAGGAAUCGUUCGAUUAAAGUGGUACGUCAACUCGCGCACGAGGUGUUCCCAGUUCGAAUCUUUUGCGCGAGUGAUCGCGAAGUGAAGCAUCGUGGGUAUCGAAGGAUGGAGAGGAAUCGGAGGGACGCGAGGUCGCACAAACGUGGAAGGACAGGAUUUGCGUAUCCGUGCGUUUCCUCUUGAGAGGCUCUGCGACGUGCCUCCGAACGCAUAUCCGCGCGUUAGACACGAGCGUGCCGAUUGAUCACGGAAUCAGCAAACAGAGCGCCUUCGGUGAUGUUUGCCGGGCGAUGGGGAGACGUGCGUAACAUAAGUUUGCCAAUCAACGUGGGAGAGAGAGAGAGAACGCGGAACGUGCAGACGCAUCUCUUGUGCGAACGGGUCCUCGUCAUUCCCAACUGCUAUUGAUUGGAGAAAUAUCGUCGAACCGUCGAAAACCGAUCACCACAGGUGCGUAUCGGGAAAUCCAAAGAUACUACCUAUCACGCAAAAGAGAAUGAAAAGUUUAGCCCGGAUUUUAUUCAAUUACACAUCUCACACUUUUUAAUCGAACAUCCGAUCGAGUAAUCCGGGUGUUGUAUGAAAAUCCCCAGAGAGGAAAGUGUCACGAUGUGACUAUAUCAGAUGGUCGAAAGUUGAAUUAGAAGUCAAGGGAGAUCGACGAAGCGGAAGAGAGGAUCGAUACGAUCGGUCGUAGUGUGAGAUUCGGCCAAACGGUAAAAGGGAAUUCCGGGAUCACGGCGGUCAAUCGUCGUGAUCGAUCGAGCUUUAAAACGCCGCGAAACGCGGCCCAGUGUCGACGUGUCGAGGGGCACUGGAGACGAACGAGAGCCAUCCGGAAAGACUACCAGAGUGGGAAAAGAGGAAGACGCGGAGGCGGAAGGUCACGUACGCUUGUAUUUUUGUCCUCGCGGGAAAUCAGCGACCGAAGAGCGGAGCCAUCCGAGCACAGUACGAGGAAUACAAAGGAUAGCGAGACAAGUCGUUCUUUAUCACGCUUGGUGGCAAAUUGAUAACGAGUCGAUUGUCACGUCUUACGGAAACGAAUUUCCGUCUGGAAGAGGGAAAGAGGGUGCGUUUUGAAGUUCCUUUGAAACGAUUCGCGAAUAUCCUAAGAUUCUUUCCCUCGGCAUUCAACAGCGCUCGUUUCAACAGCACGUCGGGGAAUUAUUGUCAAGCUUCAUGGCAGAUCUAUCGGUGCGUUUCCUCGUAUCGUUUGCCGCUAAUCAAAAGAACGGUUUCAAUCGUCGUACGAAUGAGCGGCGAAGAAAGGAGCGGAGAUCGCUUCUGGAAAUAGAAGCGUAAAGACGUCGAGGAUAGAAAAUCGUAGUCUAUCGAUAAGACGCGAGGCGAAGAAAUUCAAAAAAAUUGGAGAGACAAAAUAGCUGAAAAGUGAAUUCCUAGAGAUUAAGAGGCGAUAGAGGAAACUACGUGGCAAUACCAUCGCCACGUGAAAGAAUAUAAUUCGAAGAUUUGUUUUCCCCUUUGCCUUCCUUUUUCCUUCUUCGUGAACUUUCGCCGCGGCAAUCUAUCCGCGUGCCGCCCUUCACGGUGGCUUAGGGAUAUCACAAGAAAUCCAGAAUGCGCCUCGGCCUCUUCCGUGGGGUUGUCAGGAGUAUUAGACCUUUUAUCGGGAACAGAGAGAAAUGAAGUUAUCAGUGUCGGCUUACACAGCUCAGGCCAGUGCUCACAAGAAUCUCUGCAGCUAUCAGCAACAGCGGAGCUACGGAGCCACAAAUCAGGCAUCCACGGCCCGGACCCCCUCAGACCUCGCGACGGUCCUUCCUGCCCUCAAGGUGGAUCGGGCGGAGAAGGAAGAAGGGCAGGGAGAGGGUGGUCUGGUGCCAUCUUGCAGCGGUACUUCCGGUUCGAGGAUGGGCCCCGGGCCCGAUUCUGGAAGCAGUGCUCCCUCUUCGGUUCCCCAGUCGCUGGCUACUUCGAGAGACGAAGAUGACGACGAGGACGAGGAGAGCAGCGGUAGGCGAUCUAACGGUCAUGGAGGAUCGAGAUCAUCGGAGAUCUACCGUCGACGACACGCUAUCUCGGGUCAUCGACAAGCCUUCGCUACCAAGGCGACCGGUGCGGGACCCGCCGGCACCUCGACCACCUCGGAAUCGCUGGAGAGCUACGCCCUCGAUACAGAGAUACCCGCCGCAGCCAGGAGGCCUCGUAGCACGAGGGGCUCGCAAAAAUGGAGUAACGUACGCGCGGUCAUGGCGUUAUAUUCCUCUCUACGCAAAAUCAAGAGAACGAAGAGCAAUCAACGGUGGAUGAAACUGCGCACGACCGUGCAACUGUCUUCGGCGAUCUCCACGAUUCAGAAGAAGCCGCCGCUGAAGCGAGAGGAUUCGUUCUUGAAGAGGUUCUCCACUCGCCAAAUACCGGAAAGCCAGGAGACCCUCGAUACCGCCGAGGGUGAAGGGGACGCGGCUGACGACAAGGAGACGGGUAGUCGUCGCCGCAGGCGGCCUCGCAGGCCUCAGAAACCGCCCAAGACUGUGGUCAAUCCCGACGAGAAUUUCUAUUAUUAUUGGUUAAUGCUCCUGUCGGCCUGUGUCCUCUACAACCUCUGGACGCUAAUCGUUCGUCAAAGUUUGCCAGAGCUGCAGGCGCUGGCGCCCAGCGCCUGGCUCGCCUGCGACAGCUUCACCGACGCCGUGUUCGUUCUGGACGUGGCGGUGCAGUUUCGCACCGGCUACUUGGAGCAGGGCCUGAUGGUCUACAACAACUGGAAGCUCGCCGGUCACUACCUCAAGUCCAAGUCCUUCAUCCUGGAUCUGCUCGCGCUGCUGCCGCUCGAUCUCCUCCAGAUGAACCUUGGCACCAACCCCAUGCUGAGGUUCCCCAGGUUCCUCAAGAUCUACCGGGUGUACAACUAUUACUACAUGGUGGAGUCUCGCACGGUUUAUCCGAAUCUCUGGCGCGUACUGAACCUUAUUCACAUACUGCUCAUACUGGCGCACUGGUUCGGCUGUUUUUACUACUUGCUGAGCGAGACCGAGGGCUUCCAGGGCGAUUGGGUGUAUCCGUAUCGGCCGGGCGAGUACGCCACCCUGACCAGGAAGUAUCUCGGCUCCCUCUACUGGUCCACCCUGACGCUGACGACCAUCGGUGACCUGCCCACGCCGGAGACCAACGCCGAAAUCGUAGCGGGCGGCAAUCCCCGGAGCCUCGCUCGUCGCGGCCGACUGUCCCGGCUUCUGCAGUUCAAGCAUAAUGGAGGGUACGUCUUCACGAUAGUCAGCUACUUGAUCGGCGUCUUCAUAUUCGCGACCAUCGUCGGCCAGGUCGGCAAUGUCAUCACCAACAGGAACGCGAACCGUCUUGAGUUUGAAAGGCUCCUAGACGGCGCCAAGACCUACAUGAGGCACCACAAAGUGCCGGGUGGUAUGAAACGGCGGGUGCUCAGGUGGUACGACUACAGCUGGUCGCGCGGCAGGAUACAGGGCGGGGGUGACAUCAACACCGCCCUCGGUCUACUGCCGGACAAGCUCAAGACCGAGCUGGCGUUGCACGUGAAUCUCUCGGUGCUGAAGAAGGUCACUAUUUUCCAGGAAUGUCAACCGGAAUUUCUGCAUGAUCUCGUUCUGAAGAUGAAGGCUUAUAUUUUCACUCCCGGCGAUUCGAUAUGUCGGAAAGGCGAGGUCGCUCGUGAGAUGUUCAUAAUAGCCGACGGUAUUCUGGAGGUGAUCAGUGAAACUGGUAGAGUCCUCACGACAAUGAAGGCCGGAGACUUUUUCGGCGAGAUUGGUAUACUCAAUCUGGACGGAUUGAAUAAACGCACAGCUGAUGUUCGUUCAGUGGGUUAUUCCGAGUUAUUCAGUCUCUCGCGAGAGGAUGUGUUGGCGGCGAUGAAGGACUACCCGGAGGCGCAGGAGAUCCUGCAAAACCUCGGCCGAAAGCGGCUGAUGGAGGCGCAGAGGGUAGCGCGGGCGUUCCGUCAGCCCACGUCCCCUGGUCACGAUUCGUCCGACAAUAGCACCGGCAAGAGGAUUGUCGAUAAGUUAAAGAGCGACGUGAAAGGCCUGAAAAAUGUCUUACGGAAGAGCAGACGCAACACGCGACCCGAGGAGAGCCUGGAGCUUCAGCCGCUGGCACCGAAGGCACCUGUCCUGAAACGGCAGCAGAAGUUCGACGACGGCCAAGACUUGUCUUUGCCCAACAGUCAAGAGCCGCCGGUGUCGCCGUUAGGCGCUGGUCUACCGCUGCUAUCCAGGCUCAGGCUGCUGAAGGAAAAGGAGGAGAGAGAGGAACGACGCAAUCUGAUGGAUACGUCGGGCCACGCGACGGAGCCACACCCACCGCCAAUCUCAGAGGCCUUGAACCCUACCAAUCAGAACCUGCCGUUUCUGCAAAGGAUACUUUUGCUGAAGGCGAAGAACGAACAGGAAACCACACAAAUAGAGAGAGAGGCGCCCAUCAAGGAAUCCCUGCUGCCUAAGAACACCAUUCCCGAGGAGACGAGCACGCAAUCGGACGAGCAGUCAUCCUCGGGUGAUCAAAACAUCGUCGUGUCCACCGUGACCUCGCAGGUUGAAAUGCGGGCGAUCAAGCCGAUCAAAAAGCCCUGGACCACUUUAAAAAACGCGUCGUUGACCGGCAAAGAUAAUUCGCCACAGAAAAGCCCGCCGACCAGGAAGCUACAACAAACCAAAAUGUAUGCCUCCGUCGAUGAUCUUUCGCCAGAGUACUGCGGCUUACCUUUCGUCAAAAAGCUCAAAAUUCUCAACGAGAGGCAGAAGCUGGCUGAACUGGAAAAGGCAGUCAGGAGCUCGUCUCUCGAUUGCGGCGAAAAUGUCGAGCCGGAAUUCGACAGCAAUCUCACGAGAAGUCAUUCGGAGGCCUGCGCCAUCGAGUAUGCCAGGAAACUGGCCAAGUAUAAUCAAGAUCGACAAGCGACGGCAUCGCCGGCGGAGCAGCUGUCGCCAGAGAACGAGACGCUCGAAAGGCGGAACCUGAAGAGCAUUCUGAAGAAAUUGUCGGCCAGCAGUAGAGCCGGCAGUUCCGAGACUUCGGCCACGAGCACGCCGGAUCGCGAGGCUGCGACCGCCGAGCUGAAGAGACUGAUGAGAGCGCCGACGAUCGAGGGUUAUGCCGCGCGGCACUCGAAGCUGUCCAAGAGCGUGACUUUCAACAAGUACACGCUGCAGAGCCCGCCGUCCGAGCAACCCCUGCAGCCGCCGUCGAAUUACCCGUUGUCUGGCACCCAGGAUCAGCCGUCACUGCCGCCGCCCAAUAAAUUCAGUUUCCGUCCUGUGAGCAGUGUCGGUGGUGUCCUGCAAACGGUGUCGCGGCCACGGGAGGAGGAGUGCCUGGGCGAAUUGCUCUCCGGGGUUGGCGAGGUCAUCAAGGCGGGCCUGGAGGACAUGCAGAGCAAAUUCGAGCGGCAGUUCACAUCGCUCGAGCUCGAGGUCCGCAAACGUGACGAGAUAAUAUCUCAGCUACAAUCGCGGAUCCAGGAGUUAGAGCGAAGAAAACUGCGUCGCGCGGACGACUCCGGCGGAGACAGCACCGAACACGACGCCUCUAUGGAGGAGGAUCUUGAUGACGAUCGCGAGGAUCAUCCCUUCAUGCGUGAUAGCUCCGUGGAUACCGUCCUGACCACGCGAUCCCGCGACCGACACUCGUCCUCGUCGGUGGGCUCGAGCUCACGUAGCAGGCGGUCGUGGGAAGAGCAUUCGGAAAGAGAGACCUUGGAAUUACAGGAAUUGCCGAACUCGAUAGUGCCACAGAGAUUGUCGCGGGAGGACGUGGCGAUCGAUCUUGAAUCCAACAGCGAUAGCAGAUCAGACGAGGAAUUUGACAUUUCUGGCCACCACAAGGGUGAUAGCGACGAAGGCGACGAGGAGGAUGAAGAGGAGGAGGAGGAGGAAGAGGAGGAGGAAGAGGAUGAUGACGACGAGGACGAUGAUGAUAAAAUCGUGCGGCAAGACGGCUACAAUAAUUGGGAGGUCGCGCUGCUAGCGAAACAGCUCGAGGCGAGGAGAAGAAGUGGCGAUAACGCCAGCCCGGGUUCCUAGCGCAUUAAUGAGAUUCUAGAAAUACUGUGUUACCUCACGAACACAAUACGCUCCGACGGAUGGUGCAAUCCGCUGGCUGGGUCCGGUGGUAGUGCAGCUUUUUGCGAACACGAUCAUCGCUCGUAUUCACAAUUAGAUUUCGAUAGUAUGACUAGCUGCAGCGAGACUAUGAUGUAGUCCGAUCUCGCAGGGCGUUGUUGAUAUUUACUUCUUCCUAUUUUUAAUCCAUUUCAUUUCAUUUGUUUUCUAGUAUCUGUGAUAGGUCUCCAGCUCGAUAGAUCGGCGACCCUGUAUAAUUUUCUCUUUAUCGCGUCAAUAAUAUCGUGUACAAAAAAAAAUUUUCUUGUCUCCCUUUUCAGUCUUCUCUUCAUCCUCUUUCUUCCUUCCGUUUUUCCAUUACGAAUAGAUCUUGUCGCAAAUAUAAUUAAUUUAAGUCGUUUAAUUUCUCUUGAACAUACAUUGGAUUGUAAAUACUCACAGGUGUGCCUGAGAAAAUAUUAUAAAUGGAAUAUUCAGGACUCUUCUCUUAUUAUAUAAACAUCCUAAUUGAACGUACAAGAUAUCUCAGAGUAGCUAUGUAUCAACAGCAAGAUUGCAAUCUACAGGGAGUUUCUUGAACGUGAAUUUAAACGUUUUGUAGGGCAAAAAUCGAAACUUGGACUUAGAAUACCGUACAAAAAUAUCCAAACAUCAUUACAUCUCGAAAAUAUAUGUAUCUUCUUGAUAUUUGGUCGGCAAUAUUCGAGAAUUUUCCUCUAUCUAAUCAAUCAUAUUCCUGAAAAGCUGCACCACGAACGAACGGAGAUAGUCGGUUGUACGAAACGAGAAGAGGAAUAAAUAAUUUUAGAAGAAACAGUGAGAGAGAGACAGAGAGAGAGAGA